AUGGCGCUCUUAGUAAGAAGGUUGUCCUCAAACGCCGGGGCAAGAUGGCGAAAAGUGGGGUCGGGGAAGGGGCUGCCGCGUUCUGUUGGUGCUGACCGAUCAGCUGCGGCGAGGCUUGCGGCAGAAACGUACACCGUCAGAACAAUGGCGUUAGUUCCGCCGCGUACGUAUCGCCGGGGAAUCUCCAGCACAGCCGCUCGAAAAGACAAGGUGAACAUGACAUUCCUGGAGGACGAUGGCACGGAGAUCAAGGUCGAGGCCGAGCUUGGUGCAACCCUGCUGGAAGUGGCUCACGAAAACGACGUCGAGUUGGAAGGUGCCUGUGGAGGGGACCUUGCCUGCUCUACGUGCCACGUGGUGCUACCCAAGGAGUACUACGACAAGCUCGACGAGAAGGAGGAGGAGGAGGAUGACAUGCUGGACCUGGCGUGGGGGUUAACCGAUACAUCGCGACUGGGAUGCCAGAUCAAGGUCACUAGAGACCUGGAGGGGAUGUUGAUAAAGGUUCCGGAGGACAGCAUGGACAUGAGCUGA